UUAGAAUGUUUGUUCUUUAAGGAUUUUGCAUCUUUUAAGUGUUUCUGUUUUAUGUUUUCUUCUUCAUUACUCUUUAUUCGUAGUUACUCUCCUUUUUUUGCUCCAGUAAUGAAUGACUGUGCCUGUUCCCCACUGAGGGACAACAACAUAAACACAAACAAAGGGAUUUUCUAUUCUAUCUGCAGCCUUUCCCGUUUUACUGUAGGCUAAAUCCUUUUCCACAGGCCAACUACAAAAACAAAAAAGUAAUUUCCUUCAGUAAAUAUGUAAUUUCUGCUGAACAUGAGGGAGUCUGAGCAGCUAGGGCUGCAGCAGCUACACUGGAGUUCAGCCAGCUCCGUCCGGAGGUUGGUUGGUGCACUUUCGACCACGAACACAUUACUGAAGUAUUAGAAAGAGAAGUAUUUUCAGUUUGUGCAAGACUGAGGAGGGUACUGCUGCAGACACGUGGAUGCUCAUGACUGUUAACAGGAGAGAGUGCUUUGACUGAUGUGCUAAUGCUGCAAAGCACUAUGGGAUUUGUAGGAUUUGUGGCGAAUGCGCCAGUGGGCCAUUUAAUACACGUUUGAUAUACGGUGUGUUUUAACUCUGACAGGCUUCUGGUAAUCACCUAAGUAAGUCUGAUUAGUGGAGUUUCCAGCUUUAAUCUUUUCCUUUUGACUUUAAGGCUGAAGUCCAACUUUUCAUCCAAACUCAUUUAGAAGUUUCUGUUUUCCUUCCAGGUUGUGGUGGUUUUACUACAGCAUCCACGGGACUUGCACUCUUUCUCCAGAUUUGGAUCCACUGAGCUCAAAAGUUGCUUGAAUCAGAGCUGCAUCCGUCACCUGUCGCCACUAGAGAUGCAUUUACUCAGCAAAGCUUGUGUUUGGGUCUUUCCUCUUGUGUUUCCAGUUUGUUUUAGCAGGUGUGCAGCUGGUUGCUCUGAUCUAAUCCUGUCACUCACAGCAGUAGUACUGUUUUAGCUUUCAGUCAGCUGAUGAGACGUCUGUUUAGAUUUAACAAGAGGAGAAUGAAUCUGAAGAGGUUGUCCUCUCCAGGGUCCAGAUCAGCAGAUUUCUCCUGGUUUUCUAAGCUGUGGUUCACAUUAAAGUCCUGGCUAAGAUUAUGAGGUACUGUACACAUCUGAUUGAAGGAUUUAACGUCUGUUCAAGUAGUUAAAUCUGUUGGGAUAACACAUGGAUGGAUCUUUGUUGUUUGUGUGUCUUCUCUAUGCUUUUUGACUGAUGGACGCAUUAGCAUUGACUUUUUAGAAUGAGAAGACGAGGACAAAUGUCUUGUUUAGACCUUUGACGUCUGGUCCAGGCGAAUGAGCGACAUGAAAGUAAGUAAAUGAUUGAGAUUUAUGGGGGUCAGUUCUUCAAGCCCCAGAGUCGGCUCCUAAUUGCGUCCUCUUCAUUAACCAGUUGUGAGUCACAGCUCCGCUGAUGGAGACGAUCGUCCAAAGUGGCUCCAAGCUCAGCUGCUGAUGCUCUCUGAGAAGGAAGUCAUCCAUCUUCACUGGGAUGUCCUCAGACACUGCUCAAACCAGUGGGGAGGGGCAGAUGGUGCAUCCAACACCCAGCAGUCUGACAAUUGAGUUACGGCUGACCCACAGGUCCCCGCCAUGCUCACAAGUGUUCAAAGCCACCUCAGUGGCCAUGAGGCAGCAGACCGUUGUGGGACAAGGCCCAUCUGUUUUCUGGAGACAGAUCUGAGCAGGAUUCUCCCCCCCCCAACAGCUAGCUUCACUUUUAGAUGAUCACACUGAGGAUUAGCAUGUGGCUACGCUAAACCUUUAGAAAAAUCUGAUGUCACAAGUUUUUUUUUUUUUGUCCUCUGAAGAGAAAAGUGUCGUGACUUUACAGAAACUGGAAGUAAGCAGCUUUUGUGUCGUUUGAUCUCCUAAAAGGACCAAAGCUGCACAGCAGAGCGUUGCUCAUUGGCUCCAGAUCUGCUGCUCUUAUUUAUGUGAUUAAUAACGACAUCAAAGCUUCAGUCGCCCAUCUGUUGGUGACGGGAGGAGCCACACAGAGAACCGCGUGUGAUUCAUCCUGUAAAGCAGCAUUAGGACGUUUUCAGGCUGAAUCUGUUAAAGUCAUUGGGUGUUUGCUUCAGCUCUUCUUUAAAUUGGUUAGAAAAUAAAUGUUCUGUUUAGUAAAAGAUGCGUUGAAGAGUGGGCAGUGCGAUGGAGGCUGUUGUUUGCACCCCCGUGCAGGACGGAGGAGGGUGGGAGUCCGCACACGUUAAAACAUCAGCCUUACAGAGUCCUGCUGUAGGGAGCAGAAACCAGUCUUUACUGGUCUGGAUGGGACGGCAUCAGCAGGCUAGCUGGGACUGACUUUACAGAAGGAAGAUCUGCGUUUACUGCAAGUGUGUUCGGGAGGAGCAUGCCGUGCGCUCGGUGCCGGGGCAGCUGGAAAAGAUGAUGACAAAGCUGGUGUCAGACUUCCAGAGACACUCCAUCUCUGACGACGACUCGGGAUGUGCCUCCGAGGAAUACUCGUGGGUCCCACCUGGGCUCAAGCCUGAACAGGUGUACCAGUAUUUUAGCUGCCUACCAGAGGACAGGGUGCCUUAUGUGAACAGUCCAGGGGAGCGAUACCGAGUCAAGCAGCUGCUGCACCAGCUGCCCACGCACGACAGCGAGCCUCACUACUGCAACUCUCUGGACGAGGAGGAGAGGAAGGAGCUGCAUCUGUUCAGUCAGCAGAGGAAACGAGAGAACCUGGGCCGAGGCGUCGUGAGGCUUUUCCCCGUCACUAUGACCGGAGCCGUCUGCCAGCAGUGUGGCAGGCAGAUCUGCGGCGGAGAUAUUGCUGUGUUUGCCAGUCGGGCGGGGCAGGGCUGCUGCUGGCACCCUCAGUGUUUCCAGUGCGCUUCCUGCAACGAGCUGCUGGUGGAUCUGAUCUACUUCUACCAGGACGGACAGCUGUACUGUGGCCGGCACCACGCCGAGAGGCUCAAGCCGCGCUGCCAGGCCUGCGAUGAGAUCAUUCUAGCAGACGAGUGUACAGAGGCAGAAGGGAGGUACUGGCACAUGAAGCACUUCAGCUGCUUUGACUGUGACACGCCGCUGGGCGGUCAGCGUUACAUCAUGAGGGAGACCAGACCGUACUGCUGCUCCUGCUACCAGACCCAGCAUGCAGAGCACUGUGAUACUUGUGGACAGCACAUAGGUAUAGACCAGGGCCAGAUGACCUACGAGGGUCAGCACUGGCACGCGGUGGAUUCGUGUUUCUGCUGCGCCCGCUGUCGACUGCCUCUGCUCGGACGCCCUUUUCUUCCACGCCGGGGCCUGAUCUUCUGCUCCAGGUCCUGCUCGCUGGGCGAGGACCCCAAUAAUUCUGACUCCUGCGACUCGGCGUUGCAGAGCAGAUCCCCUCAUCACAGGAGGCGGUGGGAGGUGUCAGAGAAGCACAGUCAGCAACAGUGUGGUUCACCACUGCAGCCACAAGAGGGCAGCAACUCUCCUACCACUGCUGCAAAGGAGAACAAAGGGCUCCACUGCAGCGCUCCAGUUCAGAACGGCACCGCUUCACCCGGCGGUCACCCUCACCCCAGAGGCUCCUACUCCCCUCUGCCCCACAUUCAUCUGGGGAAUGGCCUAGGACCAUCCUGGCCCAGCGACGUUCCACAUUACAGCUUACUGCCAGUGGACGGUGGGGUCAGACGUCUGCUCAGUGGUUUUCAGCUGCAAGGAGAGGUAAACGGAACCGCAGAACGAAGCAGUCGUAGUUCUAAAGGGCUCUCGACUGAAAACGACUGUAGGACCUGGGUGGAAAAGACCAAUCAAGCAAUGAAAGCCUUUCCUCCUCAGCUAAACUCUCAUAUCACCUCAUCUGACUCGCCGCCACCCUCAUCCAACAAGACCCCCACCCCAGCCCCACCUCUGCCCGUCAAGUGUCGCGAGUUGAUGUCCAGCGACUCAUCCCUGCAGGCCUGGACCGAGGGCCAGCCCUCGGGCUCUCCACCCACAAUGACGCGCAGCGGCAAAGUGAGAGUCAGCUUCAGGGAGCCAAUCAGCAGCAGCUACUCUGUAGAGGAAGAGGAUGAAGAUGAGGAUGAAGAUGAGGAAGGGCAUCUACGAGUGGAAGGGAAGACCCCACAGAGUGAAGAAGACCCUGAGGAGGAGGGAGGCUUCAGACGGAGGCUGCGAGUGCAGAAGGGCAUCCCUCCUCAGAUGGAUCUGCUGGACGGCUCCUCGUAUCAUCAGCGUAGUCUGAGGAGAGGAUGGGGGCGUAGCCGCACCCCCCCAGACCCCGCUCCUCACCCUGUAUCAGAGAGGCGCUCGCGGCCAGACCGGCCCCGCCUGGACUCCGCGGAUACGAGGGGUGAGAGAGAGCGAGACGGCCGGAGCUCCUCCAGCACCUCCUCGCUGAUCCUCCAGUCUGGACAACGCAAACACGAGGACUCGUGUUCCACCUGCUCCUCCUCUUCGUCGGACUCGGAGGAGGAGGGCUUCUUCCUGGGUCAGCCCAUCCGUCUGCCCCCACAGCUUCGGCAGCAGCAGGCCGAUGAGAGCCGAGUGAGAGGAGGAGAGGAGAGAAGGGAUCUCCGGAGAGACUGGAGCCUGAGAGGGAGCAUACGGAGGAGAAGAGCUCUCCGUCGGGGUGAAAAGGACAAAGAUAAAGGCUGUGCUGUCUCCUGACCCACAACGACUCUUUUACCGGCUUUCUGAUGCUGAUGUUGGAGCCUUCUCCAUCCUUCCUCACACACGGGGGUUUAGGACUGAGGAAAUGCUGACUCAUCAUUUGGUUCAUUUACAUAUUCAAACCUUCAGCAGCACGUUUGAUCCUGGAUCAGUUUCACAGAGACGGGCUUUCAUGGUGAAGCUGCUGGCUUUUCUCUAAACACUCCUCCUCCUGUCACACCUGCUCCUGCAGCAGCAGAGCUCAUGUGUUUACAAGGUGUUUUCUGGGGCUUCUCUGCUGGCUGUGAUCUAGCUGUCCACUGCACACCUCACACAGGUAAAGACCCGAGGCCCUGCUGUGGCGUGGACAACACCUCUGAACAAACAUAGCCAUAAGCACUUCCUGAUGCCAUGUUCACAGAAUAAAAUCUCAUCCAGCCUUUUC